AUGUCCUUGUGCUCCGCGUCGAAGCUGAGCUUGAACACCUCGCGCGCGUCCUCCGUGGUCCGCCGCCUGCCGGCGCCCCCAUCGUGCUUCCUGCUUAGGCGCCACGUGACCUUUGCCCCGUCGAACACGUCGACGACCGCCGUGCCGGGGCGGAGGGCGAGCAGGACGUGCUCCGCACCGGCCCCGCGCGGCAGGCUGGCCUUCAUCAGCGGCACGGACGGUGCCGCGGCGAGGAGCGUGGAAACGUACGCCUUGGCCGCCAAGAAGACGCGGUUGUGCAGGGCGCCGUCGAACUCCUCGAUGAGCACGGCGUGGCGCCGGGCGGAGGCUGGCGGCAGGAGGAGCAGCGCGCCGAGGGCCGUGCCUGGGAGGACGUCGGCGAGCACCCGGCGCAGCAGCAUGGCCGCGCCCAGCACGGAAGUUGCCGUCGUGACGGCGCUCUUGUACCGUUCCAGCGCUCUGCUGUUGGGGGAUGUCAUGGCCAUGGCCGGCUCCAACUAA